AUGUGGUCGCUGGAGACUCUGGGCAUCAUUCCUCGUCAGGAAAAAGUUAGUGAAGCGACGGACUACACCAAGAAAUGCAUUAAGUUCAUAGACGGCAAGUACAUUGCCCAAUUCCCGUGGAAAAGUGAUCACCCCGAACUUGUUUCUAAUUUUACCAUGGUGAAAAAUAUGACCCAAGCAAUCAUCAAACGUUUAUCAAGAGACGGGAUGUUGGGAGUGUUUGCCGAUAUUAUCAAAGAUCAGUUAGAUCACCAGUUCAUCGAGCAAGUUCCGUCAGAGGCAUUCAUCAAAGGUUGCCAUUACAUACCGUACCACUAUGUGAAGAAAGAGUCAUCGACCACUCCCAUCCGGAUUGUCCACAACUGCUCCAACAAAGGUUGGAAUGGCGUGAGUUUUAAUGACUGCGUUGAAACUGGUGCGCCCCUUCACAAUGAUCAAGUUCAUCUUUUAAUUCGAUUCAGAGUCCACGCUAUAGGCAUAGUUUCUGACGACGAAAAAGCCUUCCAUCACAUCGAGCUUCAUGAGUCCGAUCGUGAUUAUCUACGUUGGAUGUGGUUGUCAAAUCCACCAGAUCCUGAUUUGCCGUUAGUUAUCUAUCGCUUCAAAGUAGUUCCGUUUGGUGCGAAAUCAUCGCUUUUCAUUCUCAACUCUGUCGUCAUGCCCCAUCUGUCAAGAAAUGGUUCUAAAGUGGCUGCUGAUAUGCAGCGAAGUGUUUUUGUUGACAAUGUUAUCACCGGAUGUGAUAGUCAAACUGAGAUCGAAAGUUACUUUCAUCAAGCGAACAGUAUCAUGGGCGGUGCGAAUCCUACCACUCCAGGCUUGGAGGUUCAGUGA